AUGGGGUACUUCAUUGGCAUCCUUCUUUAUCCAUUUUUCUCGUAGCGAACCAGCUAGCGAUGACGGGGAAAUAGAAACAAACUACCAUAAAAUUGUCGAAAGCUUCGAUGAUUUAGGUUUGCGCGAUGAGGUCUUACGCGGGAUCUACCAGUAUGGUUACGAACGUCCUUCUGCGAUCCAACAGCGGGCCAUCCUUCCUUGCAUUCAGGGCCGCGAUGUGAUUGCUCAAGCUCAGUCGGGUACCGGAAAAACAGCUACAUUUGCUAUCAGCAUUUUACAAAAGUUGGAUGUCUCCCUGAACAAGUGUCAGGCACUUGUGCUUGCCCCCACACGCGAAUUGGCUAACCAGAUUCAAUCCGUUAGUUUAUUUACUAGACUGGACUUACAUUUGAACUCUUUAGGUCAUCCAGAAGAUUGGUCACCUUCUCGGAGCCAAGUGUUACGCCUGUAUCGGUGGGACUCGCACAACUAAUGAUCUUAUGUCCCUCUCCGGCGGUCAGCACGUCGUUGUGGGAACUCCCGGCCGCGUUCUCGAUAUGAUGAACCGGGAUGUUCUCACCACUGACAACAUUAAGAUGUUUGUCCUUGAUGAGGCCGAUGAAAUGCUGUCCCGCGGUUUCGCUGCGCAGAUCCAAAAUAUCUUCAGGUUUCUCCCGAGUACUGCACAGGUAAUUGCGUCGUCCGUUGUACGAUUUGUAGAUUAUCCUUCUUUCUGCCACUAUGCCCAGGGAGAUUUUCGAAGUCACCAAACAGAUGAUGAACGAUCCCGUCAAGAUACUUGUGAAAAAGGAGGAGCUUACUCUGGACGGUAUUCGACAGUUCUACAUAAAAGUCAGACGGGAGGAAUACAAGUUGCCGACUCUUCUGGAUUUAUAUAGUCUCCUCGACAUCGGCCAGGUCGUCAUCUUCGUGAAUACUGUAAAGAAGGCCAUUGGGUUGGAGGAGCAGCUUCGUGAACAGAAGUUCAAGGUCUCCUGUAUCGUAAGUUAUUGCAUCUUUCCUAGUCUCGCUAUUCUGUAGCACAGUGAUCUCCAGCAGGAUCAACGCGACAGCGUCAUGAAUGAAUUCCGACGCGGCCAUUCACGUAUCCUUCUAAGUACUGAUAUCUUGGCUCGUGGUAUCGACGUCCAGCAAGUCUCUUUGGUCUUGAACUACGAUUUGCCUAGCAAGCGUGAGACUUAUAUCCACAGGUGAGCCCGCCCCGUUAUGUCAUUGUCCUCUAGAAUCGGGCGAGGUGGUCGUUUUGGUCGUAAGGGAGUUGCCAUCAACUUCGUGACUGACGAUGAAAUUGCCCAACUCAACGAACUAACUACCUAUUACAACACACAGAUUCUGGAAAUGCCCGAGGAUAUUAUCGACCUUCUCUAA